AUGGCAUCUAAGAGAGUACUGAUAUACUGAAAUGGGAACUCCGUCUUCCCAGGCCAGCUGGCAGUGACCCAAGGCCACUACCCCACCAUGGAGGCUUUCCUUUAUGAGGUGACAUCAGUGGUGCAAUCCCCAUGCUACACACGAUGUGAUGGCCACCCUGUCACUGACCUGGCUUACAGAAUGGAGGGGCCAGGGGCUCUGGCCCUGGACUCUGACUCCGGGGGCAGCAUGUUUCUCUGGCGCUGCCCCGAUAGAAGUGGGAAGAUUAAAAACCCACAUGUAAGUGGUUCUCGGACCACCUGGUUCCUGUGCCCCUUUCACAUGUGGAGUCUUGGGGACCCACCCCCUUACCUGGCUGCUUGUCUCAGUGUGCUCAGAAAUGGGGACCUACCAGCUCUUCUCUUUCGUCUGAAGCUGCCCCAGACUGCCACCCAGGACUGGGAGAUGGCACUGAAGCUGCUGACUGAGAAGGCAGUUAUGGGAGUGUCCAGCAGCCUGUAUCACCUCUCUUCCCACCGUCGGCACAAUGUGGCUGCUGGAGAAGAAGAGUUCAAGGCCCUCCUCAUGGAGCUGUUGGUGCCCGGCCCCUCACUGUCCGUGGGCUGCUGGUAUGUUUGA